AUGAUUAAUUCAUUAAAGAAAUAUACAACAUUUGGAAAUAUUAGAAAUGUUUCUUCACUUUUCACAGCAGCAAACACGACAAUUUGUUCAAAUGUUUAUAGUAAAAGAUUUUAUGAUUUAGAAGCAGGUGAUCUUAAAAAAGGAAUGUUAAUUGAACAUAAAGGAAAGUUAUUAGAAGCUCAAAAAGUUGAACAUCAAAAAGUUGCAAUGAGAGGUGGUUUUAUUUUGGCUGAUUUUAAAAAUACAAUUGAUGGAACAAAAACAAAUAUAAAAUUUAGAAGUGCAGAAACAUUGGAAGGAGUUGAUUUGGAAAGAAGAUUUUAUUCAUUUGUUGAAACUAAAAAAGAUGGUUCGAUUGUUUUCAAGGAUUUGGAUGAUGAAGAUGCAGAUGAAUUUAUAGUUUCAUCAAAGGAAUCAAAAUCUUUGGGUGUCUAUUCUCAUUAUUUAGAAUUGUUUAAUCAAGAAGAAUCAAAAUUUAAUUUUAUGGAUUGGAAUGGAAAGGUUGUCGAUUUUAGAGGACCAACUGAAAUUCAACUAGUAGUACAAUCAGUCACUGAUUUACAAAAUGCAAAUGUAUUGGGUUUUGCAAAUGGUAGAACUUGUAGAUCUCCUUCUCAUAUAAAAGAAAUUGGUACAAAAGUUUUAGUUCGUUUACCUGAAGAAAUUUAUAUUACAAAGGUCUAA